ACUGAAACAUCCUAUUUCUUCCAAAUCCUUCUCCUUCUCUCUUUACUGUAAAUUCCCAUUUCUCUGCUUGUCUUUCUGAAAUCAAGCGAGUGGAUGUGAUGAACCCACAAACAGAGAAGUUGGUGAGAAGAACAACGAUGGUGGCAACUGCAGUUGCCUCUUAUUUUUUAUUAACAGCUGAUUAUGGCCCAGAACCUAACGCACUUGACCCUAUUAAACGGGCAAUACUAUCAGCAGAAAGCUCAGUGAAAGGGUUCAUCUUUGGAUCAACAAAAAAAUCUCAAGAAAACCAGACUAAGGAGCUGAACUCCGGAGGUGCCAAGGGAGAUCCUUAGGUUAUAAGAAGUUAGGUUUGCACAGGAGCAUGACUGUAUUGACUUUUUAAGUAGAUUUCUAUGGCUGUUGUGGAUAUAUGGAAGUUAUAUUAUCAGACCAAGUUCCUUCUGAUCCUUUGCUAUAAAUUUUUCCUUUUUGUUGAAGGAAAAAUUUCGGAUUUGUAUACAUCUUGCUGAAAUAAUGAAGUUGCUGUUUGUUGUC